AUGGGGUGGAAGGCCGUAGAAUCAGAAGAGUACGAGAGCUCGGCGCCCGCCGUGCAGGCGCAUUUCCACGCCGUCCGCGCCGAGGAAGCGCUGCGCCGCGAUGACUACGUCCAGGCCGAGAAGGAGGGCCACCUGGCCAGCGAGAAGUUCCUGCAGGCGGCGCAGCGCGUCUCGGACCGGCGCACGAUCGAUGCGCUGAUGCUAUUGGCGGAAAACUACGAGUACAGGGCCAAGGUGGCGCGCGCCAGGAACCCGCGGCCCCCCCCGGACCCGAAGGAGGGGCAGAAGGCCGAGACGCAGCUCAAUGUGGCGGCGGCGGAGAUGGAGGAGCUCUGGAGACGCCUCAACGAGAUCGGACUGUCGAGUCCCGGCUCGGCGGACAAGAACUUGUUGAUGUCGUCACGCCACUUGUCGUCGUCGUUGGGAGAUUCCUUUUGUCUGUUGCCGGCAAAGGCGAGAACAACGAUUGGCGUGGUGGCGACUGCGGUGGAUGGAGGAUCGACGUUGAGAGCUGCGGUGGCGUCCAGGAUGAGGAAUCAGCGUCAACGGUUGAUGGAGCAGCAGCUGGGUGGGCGAGCUCCGUUGGACCCGCGGAGGUCGAGUGGCGGCACUCCUACGAGUGGAAGUGGUCCGAUGUCUUAUCGAGAUAGGCAGACUUCUACGGGCAAUGGAAAUGAAAGCUCUGGCGACGACGAGGCCUUGCAGGAGAUGGUUGCGCAACAGAAGAUGGAGAUUGUGCGACUAUUGAACACGGUGAAGACGCUCAGCAGCGAGAACACCAAGCUUGUGAAGAAAUGCGAGGCGUUGACAAAUGUACAAGCUGAAAACCGCGGGAUCCGUGAGUCCAUGGACCACUUCAAGAAGGACUACAACCAAAAGGUGGCCAUUUGGGCAUUUUGGAUAUCUUUCCGCGAAGUACGAAUUAAAAUGCAGGAGGAGCAAAUUGCCAAGUUGAUGGAAGAAGGGAGGAUUAAGGACGAUCGUAUCGCGAAGUAUGAUAAGUGGUACAAGACGUUGAAAGCAGGCGCGAAGGCGAAACAGCUCAGCCAGAGUCGCGAUGGCAGAAGUGGGGCCAACAGCAGCUUCAGCAGCUCGAGUAGUUUCGUGCAGAAUGGCAGUGGUCCCAGCAACUCCUUCACCAACAGCAGCAGCUUCCACGAUUACAGUCCAGGGUCAGGAGACUCCCCAGGAAGCAGCAGCUCAGGCACGUCGCGGCAAUUCAGUCGCCCACCUGCUCAUCCAAACCGACGGGCAUUGUGA